GCUCUAGGGUCACCAUUUAUGCAUCUCUAUUCGUGCCGUGCGCAAGUGCUCGUCCUCUCGCGCUGUUGGUCGCCAUCGCCGCCGGCGGAUCAGCAGCGCCAUCGCGGGCGCCAGCAUUGGAUCUCGUCGAUUCACCUCGAAAUCCGGCGCCACAGCAGGCUCCUCCGGCGAUCGUCGUCGUCGUCUAGGGUAAGGCUCCGGGCGAGGAGCGCGUCGGCAAUGCCCGCCUUCCACAGCGCUGGGUCGAAAUUCGAGGAUCUGGCGUCCUACGAGACGAUUGAUGCGUCCACGUUCCUGGCCGGAUUGAUGCCCAAGAAGGAGAUUGGCGCCGAUCGGUUCCUGGAAGAGCAUCCCGAGUAUGAUGGGAGAGGAGUCGUGAUUGCGAUAUUUGAUUCUGGUGUAGAUCCUGCCGCAGCUGGGCUACAAAUCACAUCGGAUGGCAAGCCAAAAAUCAUAGACAUCGUUGAUUGCACUGGAAGUGGAGACGUUGAUACAUCCAAAGUUGUACGUCAAGAUGACAAGGGAUGCAUUAUUGGAGCUUCUGGUGCCACGUUGCGGCUCAAUGAAUCCUGGGUAAAUCCAUCAGGAGAUUGGCGAGUCGGCUGCAAAUUUGUGUAUGAGCUCUUUCCAGAGAGACUGUCUACUCGUCUGAAGAGGGAGCGAAGGAAACACUGGGACAAAAAUCACAGGGAGGCCAUUACCGAUGCUAUCCGGCAACUCCAGGCAUUUGACCUUAAAUAUCCAAAGCCUUCGGAUUCAAACUUGAAGAAGCAAAGAGAGGACCUUCAGAAUAAAGUGGAUAUCCUUCAGAAGCUAAUGGAUAGCUACGAGGACAAAGGUCCUAUUAUAGACGCCGUGGUAUGGCACGAUGGAGAGGUUUGGCGCGUUGCACUUGAUACAUCAGAGAUGGAAGAUGAUGAUGGGAUUGGAAAGCUUGAGGAUUUUACUCCAAUGACCAACUACAAGAUUGAGAAGAAAUACGGCAUUUUUUCUCGAACGGAUGCGUGCAGCUUCGUGACUAAUGUCUACGACAAUGGAGAUAUCCUUAGCAUCGUGACUGAUUGCUCCCCUCAUGGUACUCAUGUGGCUGGGAUCACGGCAGCUCACGAUCCGAAGGAGCCAUUGUUGAAUGGGAUUGCUCCUGGAGCCCAGCUAGUUUCCUGUAAAAUCGGAGAUACGAGACUUGGCUCCAUGGAAACAGGCACCGGCCUCACUCGUGCACUCAUUGCUGUAAUUGAGAACAAAUGUGACUUGAUCAAUAUGAGCUACGGGGAGCCAACGAGAUUUCCUGAUUAUGGUCGCUUCACCAGACUGGCGAAUGAGGUGGUACAUAAGCACGGUGUGAUUUUUGUGAGUAGUGCUGGGAACAAUGGACCUUCACUAACUACAGUGGGAGCACCUGGUGGUACUUCGUCUUGCAUUUUGGGGAUUGGUGCAUAUGUAUCGCCGGUGAUGGCUGCCGCUGCUCAUUCGAUCUUAGAACCACCAUCUGAGGGGAUGCAAUACACAUGGUCCAGCCGUGGUCCUACUUCGGACGGUGAUCUGGGCGUUUGUUUAAGUGCACCGGGUGGUGCUGUUGCACCUGUUCCCAAAUGGACACUGCAGCAUCGUAUGUUGAUGAAUGGAACUUCCAUGGCGUCGCCGUGUGCUUGUGGAGGCAUAGCACUCGUGCUCAGCUCCUUGAAAGAAGAAGGCAGGCCUAUAAGUCCAUACGUUGUGAGGAAGGCAUUGGAGAAUACAGCGGCGCGAAUACGCAAUUCUCCUGAAGAAUGUUUGACGACUGGAAGAGGACUUCUUCAAGUGGACAAGGCCUAUGAGUAUUUGCAAAAGUGCAAGGAGCUACCUUCCCUUUGGUAUCCAGUGCAAGUAACUCGGGCGGCUAAUCCAGGUCCUACAAUGCGUGGCAUUUAUCUGAGAGAUGCGUGUGAAUCUCAGCGUGCAAGUGAGUGGACGGUGCAAGUGAAGACCAAGUUUCAGGAGGGAGUAGACAAACUAGAUGUGCUUGCACCGUUCGAAGAACGUCUUCAACUCGAGAGCACUGACGUAUCAAUCGUUAAAUGCCCCGAGUAUUUGUUGCUCACGCACAAUGGGCGAACCUUCAAUGUGAUAGUCGACCCAACAAAUCUUAAGCCGGGUGUUCAUUAUGCUGAAGUUGUUGGCAUAGAUUGUAUGGCACCGUGGCGAGGUCCAUUGUUUCGUGUCCCGGUCACAAUUGUCAAGCCCGUUCAAGUAACCGAAGUGCCACCAGCGGUAUCUUUCUUAAAAUUGAUAUUCUCACCUGGUCAUGUUGAGAGGAGAUUCAUAGCCGUUCCCGAAGGUGCUACGUGGGCCGAGAUGACUGUCCGAACUUCCAAUUUUGAUACACCUAGGAAAUUUUUCCUUAACGCUGUUCAGCUUCAAAGGAGUGCGAGACCAUCCGUUUGGGAAAGCAUUCUUACUCUAACUGCACCUUGCUCUAAAAGUUUUGCCUUUUCUGUUUGCGAGGGCCUAACGAUGGAGUUGACUAUAUCGCAAUUUUGGUCUAGCGGCAGUGGUAGUCAUGCUGCCGCCCAUGUAGAUGUGGAGAUUGAAUUUCGUGGCUUAACUCGCUGUAGCGGUGAUCUGUUCUUAAACGGAGCGGAUGUAGCGACACGAGUCAACGUUAUGUCUCCUCUUUCUAGUGAAAGACUGACUCCUUCAAUAACCUUAACAAGGGUGCGAACUCCUUACCGGCCCUCCGAAUGGAAGUUAGAAGCCUUAUCUGCAGAGCGAGACAAUUUACCAGAUGGACGACAAAUACAUGGUCUAACACUGAUAUAUAAGGUCAACCUUUCAGAAGGGGGUAAAUAUACUCCAAGAUUUCCCGCCUUGAAUGGUCGAGUUUAUGACAAUGAAUUUGAAUCGCAGUUUUAUAUGAUUUAUGAUGCUAACAAGAGAGUACUUUCAAUGGGGGAUGUUUAUCCCAAAGGCGUGAAGCUUUCCAAGGGAGAAUACACCAUUCGUUUGCUCAUUAGGCAUGACAAUUCAAGUUUCCUAGAGAAGUUAAAGAAGGCAGUAUUAUUCAUUGAUCGUGGACUUGAAGAAAAGAAUUACAUAAAAUUGAGCUCCUAUUCAAAUAUCGAUGGUGCUAUCACUGGUACGAACGGCCUCAAACCUACAGUGCUGGCUCCCGGAGAAAAACGUGCUUUUUAUGUUGCAUCUCCUGGAGACGAUAAAGCUCCAAAGGACGCGCCUAUUGGAACAUUGUUAAUGGGAAAAAUGACGUUGGGAAAGACUUCAUUCGCGAACAACAAAGGUGAAGAAAAUGGACAGGCGUGCCCUGCGGUGUCACGGGUUGUGGUCCCGAUUGCUCCCGCUGCCAAGAAUGAUGAAAAGGCCAAAGACAAGGAGCCAGAGCAACAAAAGUCUCCUUUCAAGAAAAUUGAGGAGGAAGUUAGAGACGUUAAGAUCAAAUUGCUAUCGCUUCUCCCAAGAACCACAAAAGAAGAGCGCGCUGAAUGGUCUAGUCAAGCAAAUUCUUUAAAGGCGGAGUUUACAAACUACAUACCGCUCCUGUCCGAAAUUUUGCAGAAGCUUGCAGCAUCCAAGGACAGUGAGCAAGAUUACGACGAGGUGAUCGCAGCUGCGGACGAGCUCAUCAGUUGCAUUGAGAAAGACGCUCUCGCAAAGUUUAUUGCCAUGAAGAACGAACCAGAAGACGCUGAUGCUGUGCAAGCCAAAAAGGACAUGGAAAUGCAGCGCGACGCAUUCCUGGACGCGCUGUGUAAAAAGCUGACUGCGAUUGCAGAAAAAGAAGAACAGCAAAACAAGGCCGGCGUCUUCGAAUCGGCCAAGCAAGAGAGCAUUGAAACUCCACAAGACGAAAGCGGAGAAGGCUCGAGCGAGGUCGUGAAAGAAGAGGACAAGAAACAAGAAGACAGUAGCGAGUACGAGGCCACAUUCGCUGAGCUGCGAAAGUGGGUCGACAUAACAUCGUCCAAGUACGCGCUCUUCAACGUCAAGCGAGAGAGAAAGCUCAAACGCUACGGGAACGCAUUGAAGGCACUCAACGAGCUCAUCCAAGACGAUUCCAAGCCGCCGCAGAAGCCACUGUUUGAGCUGCGAAUCCGGAUCCUGGAAGAGAUGGGAUUGAAGCACUGGGUGGAGUACGAGAAGCACUGGCUCGCCAUUCGCUUCCCAAAUAGCCUGCCACUUUUCUAAACAUUCCAUUCGUUUGAAGCCAUAUUCUAGGGUUCUUGGGCUCCAAUGCAAGGAACUGGGGUCCCCGCGGCUGGCGCCAGUCCUUGCAACCAGAACGCGUGCGACAUCCAGGAUUGCCUCAAGAAGAAGGAUUAUGUGAUCCAAAGGUAACAAAUCCCAAACGCAAGCUCCAAUUCCUCUGGAGAUUUGAUCUCUGGCAGAUGCCGCGGCGUGAUCAUGGACCUCCAGCAGUGCUGCGAGGACUGCGAUUAUAAAUCCAAGCACUGUGGAGCGCUGUCGGGGCUGAUCGCGAGCUUUGACAAGAAGAAGAGGGCCCAAAAAUCCGCCGAAGUUGCCAAGUAGAAAUCGUCCUCCUCUGUGUAGGUUACUUCUAUUUUCCUGCAAGUAAGGUAGCGAUCUCGAUUUAUCUUUC